UGGAGGCUCAGACAGGAACAGCUGACAGUGUUUGGGUCCUCACGCUGCAGGAGGACGAUCACCAGUUAGCCCAGCCAGUGCAAUUAUUAUUUUAGAAGUUAGCAUAGAGAUAAGAUUAAUGUGAACCACUGAAGGGGAGCCACAAGAUAGCUGCCAUGACUGUAGUGAUUGGAUUUGAGGGCAGUGCUAAUAAGAUCGGUAUCGGGAUCAUCAGAGAUGGUGAGGUGCUGUCAAACCCCAGACGGACCUACAUCACCCCUCCUGGUCAAGGGUUCAUGCCGAGCGACACCGCCAGGCACCACCGUGCUGUCGUACUGACUGUCCUGAAGGAGGCGCUGGAGGAAGCGGGGCUGAAGCCUGCAGACGUCGACUGCGUGGCGUACACCAAAGGUCCUGGUAUGGGAGCCCCCCUGGUGACAGUGGCUCUGGUGGCUCGUACAGUCGCACAGCUUUGGGGGAAGCCUCUCCUCGGUGUCAACCACUGUAUCGGACACAUCGAGAUGGGCCGACUCAUCACGCAGGCCAACAACCCCACAGUGCUUUAUGUCAGCGGAGGGAACACACAGGUUAUUGCAUACUCUGAGCGGCGGUACAGAAUAUUUGGGGAGACCAUCGACAUCGCAGUUGGCAACUGCCUGGACAGGUUCGCCAGAGUUAUAAAGAUCUCCAAUGACCCCAGUCCAGGCUACAACAUAGAGCAGAUGGCCAAAAAAGGGAGUCAGUUUGUGGAGCUGCCUUAUACAGUCAAAGGAAUGGACGUCUCCUUUUCUGGGAUUCUAUCCUACAUUGAGGAAGCUUCUCAUAAGAUGCUGAGCUCUGGUCAGUGUGCAGCAGAGGACCUGUGUUUCUCCCUGCAGGAGACCGUGUUCGCCAUGCUGGUGGAGAUCACAGAGAGGGCCAUGGCUCACUGCGGCUCCGGAGAAGUCCUCAUCGUGGGGGGCGUCGGCUGUAACCUGCGUCUGCAGGAGAUGAUGGGGGUGAUGUGUAAGGAGAGAAGAGCCAAGCUGUUCGCCACAGAUGAACGAUUCUGCAUCGACAAUGGAGCAAUGAUUGCUCAGGCCGGCUGGGAGAUGUUUCGGUCUGGUCAGGUGACGGAAUUGGAAGACUCGUGGAUUACACAAAGGUACAGAACAGAUGAAGUGGAGGUGACAUGGAGAGACUGAGCAACAUCUUGUUGCAGCAGAUCUGUUUUAGGACUCCACUGAAGGGACUCAACUCAAAUGUUUAAUUGACCAGAGACUUUAUGUUUUACUGCCAACUAACCUGCAUUAGUUCACUCGUGUUUACUUCACUCCACUAAUAUAAAAACAUACAGCAAUAAAUCUGAACGUCAAAUAAAAAUGUAAAUAAAAGACUAAAAUCAAA